GUCGCUCAUUGCCCGGACUAAACGUCUCUCUAGAGCGAAGCGCAGACCGUAAACAUAAGUUUUGUGAAUUAAAAAAGAAACUUUGACUCUGUUGAAUGGUCUUUUUUUGGUCAGAAUGUCUACGCUACUCGAAGUUUGCGGACCCCUGUCGCCGCCGUCAACUCCUCCAUUGAUGGAAAAUAAAAUUGAGCUGCCGUUGAAGAAGGCUGCGGUGAAGCGCGCUCUGGCGUCGCCACCGCCCCCGGGACUAGUCACUCCUCAGCCAUCAGACUCUGAGGGUGAGGAGGAAUGCAAUAAAAGGGCCCGGUGCGAGCUGGCGCGACUGCUACUGGCCACUCCCCCGCCGGAGCCCUGCGGCCGGCCUUCCGUCAUCAUGCGUGCCCACAAGGACGGCACCUGCAGCCCGGAGCCACUUCUGCCGCCGCCACCCAAGGAUAUGAAUAUGAACAUCCUGAAAACGCUCAAAUUUAAAAUGAACCGCAGCUACUCUCAAGUUAAAUAUAUGGCCAGCCAAACACAAAGUCCACCGCCUGCGGAGGCUCCCAGCAUUACCCCAGCCCUCAUACCUGUGACUGUGGAAGAAGCUCGUGUGCCAUCUCCUCACGCUGACUGCCAACCGAAAGCUAAUCGGGACGAACAGCGCGUGCCACAGGCGCCACCUGUGGCAUCCACCCCGGGGUGGGUACCGCUGGCCCCGCGACCAGCACCCGCGGUGAUAGUGCCCGGCACGCUCCUUCCAACCACAGCAGUGUGGCUAGUAGCGCCCGCACAACCGGCGCGUCGACGUCUUUACGAGUGCUCAUACCCUGGCUGCGGCAAAAAUUACUUCAAGUCAUCCCACCUCAAGGCCCACGCCCGUACCCACACGGGCGAGCGCCCGUUCCGGUGCGCGUGGUCGGGUUGCGAACGGCGCUUUUCACGGUCCGAUGAGCUAUCGCGGCACAAGCGCACGCACACCGGCGAGAAAAAGUUCGGCUGCCGCGUGUGCAACCGCCGCUUCAUGCGCUCCGAUCACCUCGCCAAACACGUCAAACGCCACGCAAAAGAGCGCGUAACACCCGCGCCCGUAGUACGGCUGCUGCCAUCACCGCCACUUCUGCCCAUGCCAGUGCAGCCCACCGUAGCGCAUGCGCAGUAAGCCGCGCAGCACCACUACUGUGAUCCAGAUCUCAUGAUCGUUACCUAGUUUUAGUUAUACUCAUCUUCAAGACUGUCCUUCUACUACUUAAUGUAGUUUUUAGUUUUAAGCAAAUAUGUUAUUGUUCAGCUGAUGUUAAGCUUUGCAAACGUGAUUA